CUUCUUUUCUUAGUUUUAGUGAUGAGAGAUAUAUAGAGAUAGAGGUGGAGUUUUUCUAGCGCGUUUCAUCAAAAAUCUUACUCCCAUGCCCAUGCUAGAAUGCUUCUGCCGCGCUUAUGAAAUCAUCCCUGUUUCUCAUUCUGUAUUGUGUUUAUCUAUAAUCAUCUCUGUUCUCUGUAUCAUCCGAAGUACAUAAGCAAAGCAAUAAAACCCAACUGAUUAAUCAAUAAUCAUAUUUGUCCUCCAGUCCUGCGCAUUAAUUUCCUUGGUUGCUUAUUCAGCAGGUGUGAUGAUGGUUUGUUGGCCAUACUUCGAUCCAGAAUUCGAGAACCUCACCGAAAAGAUAUAUGGUCCAAGCGUCUUCCUCUCGUCAGAUCUGAAAACAACUGAAUCAAUUCAACGAUUUUCUGGGAAAUAUGUGUUGUUCUUCCUCUCGUCUUCAAUACAGCGAAUCAAAAAUCAACGCACUUGUUUGUUGUUCUUCAAUGCAACGAUUUUGUGAAGAAACAAUUCGAAUUCGGAAGAUUUAAUAUCAUGAAGAGAAAAUCUAGUGAAAGGAAGAUGCAGAUACAAUUUUGCCGAGAGAUCUUUUGCCGAGAGAGAGAAAGUGAAACAGGAAAUGAAUCUGAAAAUGAAACUCAUAGCCUAUUUUAUUAGGUAUAUAUAGUCAAGGGUAUUUUUGGUAUUACUAAUUUCUUCCAAACCCUAAACUUUAUUACCAAGCCCUGAAAUCUAAAGUUCUGGGCCUAGAAAUAUCAAAAAGUUUAAUUAUGAAGUUUAUAGUAAUGAAUCCAUUUGGUGGGGCUUGAAAAUAUAGAACCCAUUUAGUUGGGUGAUUCUAGUAUUUUUCACUAAUCAAAAUUGCAUUACAGUUACAAAGUUUGUAUUGACAAUGAGAGCUGUAAAGAAUGUACAGUUGUGAAAGUAGACACAUUGAAUAAACAAGGUCUACUUCUUCGGGUAAUUCAAGCAUUAACAGAUAUGAACCUCACAAUAUCUAAGAGCUACAUUUCAUCUGAUGCGGAAUGGUUCAUGGAUGUCUUUCAUGUCAAAGAUGAUAAAGGACACAAACUUACUGACCAUAGUGUUGUCAAUUACGUUCAACAGAAUAUGCAAGCCAUUGGUACAACUAAAGAGUUACUUCGAGACCCAAACAAGAGUGAGGUUGACACCUCGGUAGGAGCAGUUAUCAGGUCAGACACAUUGACAGACCAUACAGCGAUUGAAUUGACAGGAGCUGAUCGACCGGGUCUUCUAUCUGAGAUAUCAGCAGUCCUAGCUGACUUAAGGUGCAAUGUUGUAGAAGCCCAUGCUUGGAGCCAUAAUGAGUAUCUUGCUUGUGUGGCUUACAUCUCUGAUCAAUCCAACUCCAGCCGUAAUGAAGACCCCAACCGGCUUGCAGUCAUCAAAGAUCAUCUAUCGACUGUCAUCCAUGCAACGACUCCCAUUGAUGACACUGAAGCUUAUAAUGAUCAAAGAGUUGAAACUGCAGAUCUGCCUGGUGGAGGAAGAGAUAGAAUGACAACAAAUGUUGAGCACCCAUUGCACCAACUAAUGCUUGGUAGUCGUGACUUUGAAGGACGAGUUGGAUCAGUAAGCAACAACUCUUCAUCACCUUCUGUGUCGAUAAAUGUAGUUGGUGAUGGAAAAAAGAUAGUUGUGUCAAUAGAGGGUUGUAAAGAAAAGGGGUAUUUAGUAGUUCGCGUAGAAUGUAAAGAUCGACGAAGGCUUAUGUUUGAUACAGUUUGCACACUCACAGAUAUGCAGUAUGUUGUUUUUCAUGCUUCAAUAAGUAGUCAUGGAAAUUCUGCAAUUCAGGAGUAUUAUAUCCGGCACAUAGAUGGCCACACGUUAAUAUCAGAAACAGAAAAACGAAGAGUUGUGAAAUGCUUAGAAGCCGCCAUCGAACGUAGAGUCUGCGAGGGUAUCAGACUAGAGUUAUGUGCUAACAAUAGGGUAGGUUUGCUUUCGGACAUAACACAGAUUUUCCGUGAAAAUGGCCUUGUCAUUGUUAGAGCAGAUGUGGCGACAGAGGGUGGGAAAGCCAUGAAUGCAUUUUACGUUCGUGAUGUCUCUGGAAGUGAAGUAGACAUGGAAAUUGUGGAGUCAAUGAGGAAAGAGAUAGAGCCUCUUGCACUUGAAGUAAGGAAUGAUUCACCUUCCUCUACUUCUCUGGAUCGGCCCCGAUUAUCUUUAGGUGGUCUCCUGAAAUCACACAUUGGACGUUUAUCUCAGAAUUUCUCUUCGAUUAAGUGAAAGAAACGUAGCAUGGCGUUAACUGUUCAUAUCUGAAAAAUUUAUGUAGAUAAAUUUUUUUCGUUAUUAGUAUUAUUGCUUCAAAUUUUUAGUUGUAAAUAGUGGAAAGUAACUUGUCUGAAUGAAUUACCAACCAUGAUGUUAAUAAGCGAUGUAAAUACUUGAUUAAUUAGUCUAAUAAGAGGACUGGAUUGUCUUCCUUUUCUGUA